AAAACAGAAAUUACUAUAAUUUGAGUUCACGGCAUUGAACUCACUGCUUCACCCGAACAGAACUCCAUUAACGGAGCUCGGCAACUCUGUUGGUCAUGGCGGCCGCGGCGAUCUACAGCCUCUUCAUCAUCAACAAGUCCGGCGGGCUGAUCUAUUACAAGGAGUAUGGAUCGGCGGGAAGGAUGGACACGAACGACAGCUUGAGAGUGGCGAGCCUGUGGCACUCCAUGCACGCCAUCUCCCAGCAGCUCUCCCCGACCGUCGGGUGCUCCGGCAUUGAGCUCCUCGAGGCCGACGCUUUCGAUCUCCACUGCUUUCAGUCCCUUACCGGAACAAAAUUCUUCGUGGUGUGCGAACCCGGGACACUUCACAUGGAUGCUCUACUGAAGGUUAUUUACGAGCUUUACACGGACUAUGUCCUGAAGAACCCCUUUUACGAGAUGGAGAUGCCAAUCAGGUGCGAGCUCUUUGACCUCAAUUUGUCCCAGGCGGUUCAAAAAGACCGCGUCGCUCUUUUAGGAAGAUGAUUGAAUCUCUUUUGAACAUUACUCUGUUGCUUCAAUUAUUUGUACAGAGAUUUGAGCACGAUGUUAGUACACUGUAAUUCCUCUUCUCUUCGAUAUUUAUAUAUCACCUGUGAACUAUAACGAAAAGUACCUUUGCUGUAUCCUUAAUGAAAUUCACGAGUUAAUGGAGCAA